UUGACCUCCCAGAUGCCCAGCACUGGGUGUGCAGCAGAGCUGGUGAUUCCAGCUGGGGAGGUGAGGACUCCACUGCGAGCUGAGCGGGAACAGCCCCUUCCCAUGACUGAGGCCCCAGAGGCACGGAAUGGUCAGAAUGCCGGUGGCUGAGGGAGGCACGGGGGCAGCUGCUGGAGGAGGGAGACACGCAGAAGGAGCAUUUCAGGCACUGGAAGGACAGGUCAUUUCUCUGCCCCGCCUCCGCUCCUUCCUUUGCUGCUCCCAGAGAGUGGUUUCCGGCGGCUCUGUUAUCUCGGGGCUGGCAGGUGGUUUCUGCCUCUCCCUCACUCAGCAAACACGCAGCUUGGUCUCGGCAUGCACCUCGCCUAUCUCAUCCUCACGGUCUUCCUGGGCCAGCUCCUGGUGGCUGUGGCCAGAGCCCAGGUCCAGCAGGAGCCACGGCUGGAGACCACCGAGAACACCGGCAUCAACAUCAGCUGCUCACAUCCCAAAAUCCAGACCGGAGACUGGAUCCAGUGGUACCGUCAGCUCCCGGGCCGAGGACCCGAACUGCUCGCGCUCACUGUGAAAGAGUCCAAAGAGCUGCCGGACAUUGCGGGCGGUCUGUGGGUGUCGGCAGAUCGCCGGAGCAGCGCGCUGUGGCUCCGGCGGCCCCGGCGCGGGGACGCGGCCGUGUAUUACUGCGCGCUGGGGGACACGGGCAGAGGAGCCGGGGCUGCGGCCGGGCACGAACCGCCGCGGGCGGGGCCGGCCACCAACACCGAUUUCUGCACCGGCAUUAACACCGACACCGGCAGAGACACCGGCACCAUCACCGACACCAGCACCGACACCCACACUGGCAGCUCCAACUUAGAGUCACCGACAGCGCUCAGCCCCUCUUCUCAGCGCUGGCUGUGUGCAGCCGAGUUCCUGAUCCUCUCAGCCACGUCCUUCUGGCAUUGUGGCACCGUCUGUAACUGCUUGGUGAAAAACACUAUCAUGACAAAGGAAGACAGCUGCCUGCCAGUGCUGUUGGCAUGGGCAGCAGGCUCCGCGGACAUCUCCUUCCAGGUGUCAGUGCUGCUGAAAUGUCCUUUCUGCACUAAAAACAUUGCUGACCAUUUCUUCUGCGAUGCUGCUCCAUCAUGA